GUUGGCUGGCUGGUUGAAUUGUUACAUAUGUAGAGUCCGUUAGACACGGCUCCGUCACGUGAAUGACUGUUUGAAUGGUCAACGGUACCUAGGUCCUAGGGUAUGUUGUGAUGUUAGGUCCGGCGGGGCGCGGGAAUGUUAGGAAUGUUACGCUAAGGGAGCAGGGAUUCAGGGAAGACAGGAAGGAAGGGAACAAAGCACGGACCCUUUAACGGCCCAUUGAAUUAAAAAAAAAUGUUCCAAAAAAGGGAAAUGGCAACCUAAGCGUAAGAAGCUGCGCAGAAUACACGCUUUACAAGGCCCCAAAAAUAAGAGAAAAUCAGACGCAACAAAAGCGCAUUUUUUAUUAUUAUUUAUUAAUCAGUUAAUCACCCUAAACUGAUGCACCCAGCACCCCCCAAAUCGAGACUAGUCACUUCCCGCAAUUCGAAUCAGUAACACCCCUCCUUGUAAUACAUAAAAGACUGGCUCCUCUCCUCUACUUCUUACACUUCUUUCCCCUUUCCCGAUUUAUCCAACAUCAACAAACGCAUCAAUUUCCGCCCAAACUGUUCAUCAACAGUAUCCACAACUUCAUCAAUAACAUCAUCAAAUCAACUCUACAUCACCAAUAAACAUCAUUCAAGAUGACUGGACGCGGCAAGGGCGGAAAGGGUCUUGGAAAGGGCGGUGCCAAGCGUCACCGUAAGAUUCUUCGUGACAACAUCCAGGGUAUUACCAAGCCCGCUAUCCGACGUCUCGCUCGUCGUGGUGGUGUGAAGCGUAUCUCAGCCAUGAUCUACGAGGAGACACGAGGUGUCCUCAAGUCUUUCCUAGAAGGUGUCAUCCGUGAUGCCGUCACCUACACCGAGCACGCCAAGCGCAAGACCGUCACCUCGCUUGACGUUGUCUACGCUCUGAAGCGACAGGGCCGUACCCUCUACGGUUUCGGUGGUUAAAUGUGAUAUCGCUUCCUACUUGGUUGCUCUUGUGAUGCUAUUUAUCGGCACGCCCAUCACAAGAAGUUGAUAGACGAUAAAGAUAAACACAAGACAGCAACUAGAGCAUAUCGCGGCAUACAGUGGAUUUCUGGGGAGGACCUGUGACAUUACGGAUGGACAUGAUACGUUCUGAACUCGGCGUUGGUGGUUUUAUGGGUUUUAUGGUCUCUGCGGCGAGCUUUUGAGACGAUGGCG